UCCCAUAAAUUCGUUUGGGUGGGGUAUACAGUAUAUAUGAACAGAUAGAAAUUUGAAGCCUUUGUUUAAGAAACUUUUGUAUGAAAGGAAACAUAGGCCACUGAGGUGGAGAGGGUAAGGGGUCAUGGCAGAGAGGGGACAUAGGAAAUGCAAACAGAAAUGCCUCACCUUCGAAUUUGAGCUGUUACAGAAAGAGGUGUAUGGUCUUUGAAGAAGCAACUAUAUUUUUUAACAAAAUUUGGAACCAGGAAACAUAUCUUGGGAGAGAUUACCAAGUAUAGGUAGUCCCCGACUUACAACAGGCUUCCAUUCUGAGCGCUCAGUACGUUCGUUCUAAUUCAAAUACCUCAUUUUUUUUUUUUUUUAGUUUUCAUUAUUAUUGCCUUUUAUUAUCAGUAUCUUUAUAAAUUCGAUCUUUAUUCGUCUUUGGGGGUUGGAAACAUUACAUAUAAACUUACAGAUAUAUUUUAAUAAUACAUAUACAAAAAAUACACAAAUCAUAAAAUAGACGGUCCUAAGUUUUUUAAGUGCAGUUUGUAGUAACCCGAAUAUGUCGUAAGGUAGGGACUACCUGUAUAAAAAGUAGUGAAUGUAACCUAGAGAAGAACAGAUAUUUUGUGUGAAAGUAUCCCUAAGUUAAUGAACCAGUAAGAAACUGUAUGACCAGAACACACCCAGUUGACAAACAGGGAGGCUACCCUGUUUUUUUUAGCUAUAGGUAUAUAUGCUCUGCUACAGCAAAUAAGCUUUAGGGUUGGAGAACUGUGAUUGUAUUGGCAGAUGCAAAACUUUUACCCUGAAAAAGAAGUCAUUCUGAGUGAGUUUCACAUGUUUGAUGUUUGGAAACAAUACCUAGUGCAGAGGAAAUGGGGCAGAAAACAUCCCAACACUUGACUCUGAAAGACAGCCAAGAGGUUCUCAGCAUCCCUGAUGUGUUCAGUGGAGCUGUAGUUUAUGCAGCUCAGAAACUGGAGGAGUAUCUUGGAUUUGAAGAUCAUGUAAGUAAACUCUGCCCAGCUCCAAACACUCUGAAUGAAAUAUUCCUAAUCCACUUCAUCACUUUCUGCCAAGAAAAGGGAGCUGACGAAUGGCUUACCACCACCAAGAUGACGAAGCACCAAGCUUUAUUGUUUGGGGCAGACUGGAUUUGGACCUUUUGGGGUGCAAACAAACGCCUUCAGCUGGCAGUACAGACUCUGAAGAUGUCUUCUCUUCCUCUUGUGGAAUCUAAACCUUGUGACAUCUCCAAUCUGAAACUGAGAGUAGAGGAGUCUUCCAGGGAAAAGAGUAGAUUUGAUAAACUGGAAGAAUUCUGUAACUUGAUAGGAGAGGAUUGUCUGGGCCUCUUGAUCAUCUUUGGUAUGCCAGGAAAGCCUAAAGACAUCAGAGGAGUUGUCCUGGACAGUGUCAAAAGUGAGAGAGUGAGGAGCCAACUGCCAGGAGGGAAGGCUGUGGCACGAUUUGUCCUGGAAACUGAACAUUGUGUCUCCAUCAGACAGCUGCUUGGAAACUGUCUGAGUAAGAAAGAUGGGCUGAGAGAGGUGGGCAAGGUUUAUAUUAACAUCCUCUGACCUGGAUAGGUGUGAUGAGACUGGACUGUAAGAUGAAAACAGAUUAUUUUUAUUCUAGUAAACAAGCCCAUCUACUUGCAUAGUUCCAGGACAGGACUCCCCCCUCCUCCCCCUGACACUUUGGUUCCCAGGUUAAAGUACUAGUGUCAUGAUUAUGAAGAGAAAAAGCUCUUGCUGUAUUUCAGGAAAAACUUGUCAUUUAAUUGUUUUCAUUCACUCAGUAACAAAAGUGGGAGAAGAUAAUAAAGCCACCCUUAAAGUUUGGUUUGCAAAAAAUAAGUGUCUUUUGUUUGAAAUAAUCAGUCUAACAUUCAAAAGUGUAAACAGUGUGUUUGUUGCUAUAGGUGGGAGGUGGAUAGAGUAAGGUGGUGACAGGUUUAGUUACAGUUAUAAUAUUAAGACCAGUUUCAAUUCAGGAUUCCUAAGCAAAACCUCACUGCUUUUUCCUCUAAACCCCUCCUUACUCCCAGCCUUGUCCCUAGCUGUUUGUGCUGCACAGAGAGGAUCUUGGUGGGAUUCUCUUUGGGAUUUCCUUGAGUGUCAGCUUUACCUGUAAUUUAAACAGUUAUCCCUAUAACAGUUCCCUGUAAUAAUAAUAAUAUUUGUUUAGCAUUUAUGCUCAGGAAGGUAUAUUCACAUAUAAAACCCAUGAAACCCUCCGUUACCCCAGGCCAGGAGAGUAACAGUACAAAGAAGAAUCAUCAUUAUUUAUUGAACUCAUAUGCCAUGCUAGAUGCUUUACAUGUAUAAUUGCUAAUCCACACUUCACCUCUAAAAGGUAGGUAUUUGAUAUGGAUUGAAUUGUGUCUCCCAAAAAUAUGUUGUCAACUUGGCUAGGCCAUGAUUCCCAGUAUUGUGUGAUUGUCUACCAUUUUGUCAUCUGAUGUGAUUUUCUUAUGUGUUGUACGUUCUACCUCUGUGAUGUUAAUCAGGCAGGAUUAGAGGUAGUUAUGUUAAUGAGGUAGGACUCAAGCCACAAGAUUAGGUUGUAUCUUUUGAGACAUAAAAGGGAGAAUCAAGUAGAGACACAGGGGGACUUCAUGCCACCAAAAAUGAAGAACCAGGAGGGGAGCACGUCCUCUGGACCUAGGGUCCCUGCACUGAGAAGCUCCUAGAACAGGGGAAGAUUGAUGACAAGGACCUUCUCCCAGAACUGACAGAGAAAGAAAGCCUUCCCCUAGAGCUGGCUCACUGAAUUCGGACUUCUAGCCUCCUAAACUGUGAGAGAAUAAACUUCUGUUUGUUAAAGCCGUCCACUUGUGGUAUUUUUGUCACAGUAGCAUCAGAUAAGUAAGACAGUAUUUAUUUCUAUUGUACAAAUCAGAGAGGUUAAAUGAUUUUGCAAAGGUCAUAAAGCUAGUAAGUGGCUCAUAAUAAACAUAAACUAAGGUCUGCCAACUUAUAAAGCCUGUACUCUUUCCUGUUGUCAUGUUAAAAAAAAAAAGUUAUUUCUUCCAUCCUGAACUACCGGGAUUGCUGAGACCACAAAGACCCCUCACUUACAAAGAUGCUAGAUGGUCUAUAGGGUCUGCAAGGAAUAUCAACAACCUCCAACUGCAGCCUUGGGACUGUGCUCAUUUCUGCUGCACUUCCUGGCCUUGGUCCUCUGCUGCUGCUCCUGCUGGAGAAUGUCCUGGUCACUGAUAACGCAGUUCUUGCUGAACAGAUCUCCAACAGAAUAGAGUCAAAGUCAGCUUUUGUU